AUGGUUGAUGGAUCGCUAUCCUCUGAUGUAGGAGAUGUCGUCUCGUUUGAGUCGCUGGGAGUGACUACCGUGGUAUUGAACUCACUUCAAGCGACGCACGACUUGUUCGACAAGCGAUCUACAAUUUACUCUGAUCGCCCGAGGAUGCCGAUGAUCACCGAACUAUGCGGAUGGACCCAAUCGUUGGGUCUCAUGCACUAUGGCGAAUCCUGGAGACGCCACAGGCGCGAGUUCCACCAGCUGAUGAACUACAAGGAGGUCGUCAACUACCAACCCCUGCAACUGAAAGAGGCACGCGCGCUCGUCCUGAAGAUCUUGCAAGAUCCAGAGGAAUUUCCGGUCCACAUCCGACGAACGCAAACGGCGGUGAUAUUCAAAGUGGCGUAUGGUAUCGACGUACGGGACGAGAAUAACAAAUUCAUGCUCAAAAUCAAAGAAGCGUUGGAGGGAUUCGCCGAGGCCGGCGUACCUGGAACCUUCCUGGUCGAUAGGCUCCCGAUCUUGAAAUAUGUGCCUGAUUGGUUCCCCGGCGCUGCGUUCAAGCGUAAGGCAAAGAUAUGGAGAAAACAGGCGGAGGAGAUGUGGGGAGCUCCGUUCGAAGAAGCCAAGAAAUUAAUAUCGCAAGGAAUGCAUUCGCAAUCGAUGACGGAAACUAUGCUGAGUCGCAUCCCUGAAGAAAGCGAGCGUGGAUUCGAAGAGGAGGUAGUUCGCAAUGUCGCUGGUAUCGCGUACCUGGCUGGAGCAGAUACUACCAUUUCCGCGAUGGAAACCUUUAUCCUGGCAAUGGCUAUGCAUCCCGAUCUUCAGAAGCGAGCCCAACAGGAGAUCGACUCCGUCGUUGGCCCAAAUCGAUUGCCGGAGUUCGCCGACUUCGAACAGCUCCCGUUCGUGGUUGCGGUGUGCAGAGAGGUGCUGAGAUGGCAGCCUAUUACGCCUCUCGGCAUCGUCCAUUCCAACACGGAGGCGGAUGAGUACCGCGGAUAUCAUAUACCAAAGGGCUCUAUGGUCAUCGGGAACACCUGGGCGAUACUCCGCGAUGAGAAGGCAUAUCCCGAGCCCGAAGUCUUCAAGCCUGACCGCUUCCUAGACAAGGACGGCAAACUUGAUCCCAACGCCCAGCAUCCCAACGUCGCUGCCUUCGGUUACGGCAGGCGGAUCUGUCCCGGACGGUGGUUCGGCGAGCAAUCCCUGCUCAGCAUGGCGGCGACCGCGUUGGCCGUUUGCGACAUCCAGCCCGUAAAGGGGGAGAAGCUCGAAGCGAACAUGUUGCACGGCAUCGUGACGCACCCUGCGCCGUUUAGGUGCAGCUUCCGCGAACGCUCCGCCAAUGCGAGGUUGCUUGCUCAGGAAGAGUAGACCGGGCAAACCCCGCGCAUCGUCACCGAUCCCGAGUUGGGUAUCCGGUAGCCAAUCGCUCGCUCAACGACGAGCAUUUAUCGUUUCGAGUUCAUCUC